UGUUUUUCACCUUUAAGGUGCAGCAAUGUGCGUGACCAGGGAUGCAUAAACGGAGAGGACGGUGCUCGCCACUGGACGCGAGCUGUUGAAGUCGAGCCACUCCACUCCGCGUUUUGCCCUGCCCUUGUGCGCUCUGCUCGCCGUGCAGCGCGCGUCUCCGAUGCAUUUUGCCUCCCUCUCGCUGUCAUAAAGACAGGACAGCUGUGCGAGAGAGAAGUUGUUGGCACUCAGAGCACCAGCAGGUUGCAUCUUUACCAGGAUCCUCUCGCCUUCACGGAGUAGUCUAGACUUCUUUUCUCUUUUCGAAGGGAAGAUGAGGCGGACGCAUCAGUAUCUAAAGUGAGGAGCUUUUUUUUCAAAUCAACAUCUGAUAUCGUGCUCAUUUCUAAAAAUCCUCAAAUAAAACCUUUGGAUUUCUUUGAUUCCAACGGAGCUCACAUUUCUUGCCGAAACAUUUUUUUUUUCUCCUAAGGAUUUCACUGAUGUGUGCGAUGUGGAAACUGCAGGUCGCCUUAUGUACUCUGUCGGUGCUGUCCCUGUCAUCUGCUGGAGAAAGCAAAGCGCGGAGCUGUAGCGAGGUUAGACAAGCUUAUAGCGCUAAAGGAUUCAGCCUCCUCCAUGUACCUCAUCAGGAAAUAUCAGAUUCAACAAUUUGAUGAAGAGCUGUGUGUCUUCCUCACACCUCCGUGUGAGCACCUUCGUGUCUGUCCUAAGGGUUACACCUGCUGCACAUCUGAGAUGGAGGACAAAGUCAGCCAGCAAAGCAAGCAGGAAUUUGAGAUUAUGGUUGAAGACAGCAGCCACAACAUACGAACAACAUUCAUCUCCAGGCAUAAAAAGUUUGACGAGUUUUUCUUGGAGCUGCUGGACAACUCUGAAAAAUCUCUCAACAGUAUGUUCACAAAGACAUACGGGAAGCUGUAUAUGCAGAACUCUGAGGUGUUCCAGGACCUAUUCACUGAACUAAAGCGCUAUUACACAGGGGGCAACGUCAACUUGGAGGAGAUGUUGAAUGACUUCUGGUCCAGGCUCCUGGAACGCAUGUUCCAGUUGCUUAACUCCCAGUAUCACUUCACAGACGACUACCUGGAGUGUGUCACCAAAUACACAGAUGAGCUAAAGCCCUUUGGAGAUGUGCCGAGGAAACUAAAGGCUCAGGUCACCAGAGCAUUCAUUGCUGCACGGACGUUUGUCCAAGGACUAAUGGUGGGUCGUGAGGUUGCCAACAGGGUCGCCAAGGUGAACGUAGUGCCAGCUUGCGUCAGAGCAUUGACCCAGAUGCUGUACUGUCCAUACUGCCGUGGCAUGCCUGGGCUGAAACCCUGUCAUAGUUAUUGUUACAACGUUAUGAGGGGCUGUCUCGCAAACCAGGCAGAUUUGGAUGCUGAAUGGAACUUGUUCAUUGAUGCCAUGUUGCUCGUAGCAGACAGACUGGUGGGUCCUUUCAACAUUGAAGCAGUUAUAGAGCCAAUUGAUAUAAAGAUCUCUGAGGCCAUUAUGACGAUGCAGGACAACAGCAUGCAAGUGUCAGCAAAGGUUUUUCAAGGGUGUGGUCAACCAAAGCCUUCAGCAAUAGGCAGGUCUGCACGGGGCAUCUCAGAUGUGUUCAAUAGUCGCUUCAGACCCUUUACCCCCGAACAGAGACCUACCACAGCAGCCGGAACAAGCCUGGAUAGACUGAGGGCUGUCUGGAAGACAAUGCAACACAGUGUGAUUGACAUCAAAGAGAAGUUAAAGGAGUCAAAGAGGUUCUGGUCCAAAUUACCAGAUGACAUCUGUGCCGAAGGCAAACUGACAGAAUCUGACGAGGAGCAGUGCUGGAACAGUCAUACAAAGGGCAGAUAUUUCCCUGAAGUUGUAAAGGAGGGUCUCACCAACCAGGUGAACAAUCCAGAAGUGGUUUUAGAUAUCACCCGACCAGACACACUGAUUCGGCAGCAGAUCAUGGCUCUACGAGUUAUGACCAACAAGCUGAAGAACGCCUACAAUGGAAACGACAUCUACUUCCAGGACUCCAGUGACGAGGGCAGUAGCUCUGGAAGUGGCAGCGGCUGUUCUGACGGCUGCACAACAGAGUUUGUUUUUGUGGGAACGGACGCUCCCGUGAUUGGAGCUGACAGAAGCGAUGAACGGGCUGCAGCUGCUGCAGCUGGCCAGUCACUCUCCUGUGGACCCUCCGCCAUGCUGGUGAUGGCUGCCCUUACACUCCCACUCUGGGCAGUACAGACUCAAUGGAGAUAAUACAGUGUGGCCUUCAUUGACUCUUCUACUGUUAAGUAACAGUAUGUUUUACAGCAAAUUAUACUGCUGUUCCCUCACUGGACAUGUAGAACCUCCCGAAAACAUGUCAAGAAUGGCUGACAGUAUGAUGUGGUAGGGUUGGAAGUGAGUGUAGUGCUGAAUCCUGCUUGUCCCCCAAAGAAUGCUCGGUGCCAUCAGUGAACCAGGUUUUACCAUCUCUGGAAAAAUGAAAAUGUGGUGUUUUCUCAUCCUUCUAAAGUGAACUUUGAAAAACAUGCUUCUCUUUUAGGAAACAAAACUAUCUUAAGUGGUUCUAUCAGUAAUUUUUCGGAUAAAGGGAAAAAAUGUGUUUCUUUUCCUUUGUGUGAUGAAGUGAAAAGAAGACCACACUGUUUUUAUGUUAUUAGUUCUCUUUCCUUCUGACAAAGGCACAAACAUUUUCUGUGUGCAUGCAUGGGUGUGAUGUUAACAGACAAAACAUUGUUUCCUUCUUCUUUUCUUUAUUUAUUCUGAUUUUAUUUUAUGUUUCAAAGCUCUAUAGUUUUAGAUUUUUUUUGCACAGGACCAUCCAGCCCGAAAGGUUCACUUGGUUUCCUCUUUGGUCGUAUCAUUGUGGCUUGAGGAAGAAGCUGGUCUUACAGUCACUUUCUUGUUGCACAUUUGAUUAUCUAUCUACAAAAGUGCUGCAUUGUUGCACCUAGGGUACUACUUUGCACAGAUUGUUUUGUUGGCCUGUUUAUAAAGCUGCAAGAGACACCCAUCAUAUAGUUAUAAAAAAGAUUUAUAUUUUCAGAUUGUUUAAACUGAUUGUAUUAUUCUUUAAGGGGUUACAGUAUGUAGUUAACAUAAUUGUACUGUUGUGUAAUCUUACUGGUUUAGGUUAAAAGUACAUCUUUAAACAGAUCAUCAUUAUAUCAUACUCUUUUUAUUUCAAUUUUAUGUUACAACAAUGUUUCAGCAACAAUAUCAAGCCAUUAUACUAUAAAUGCCUGCUAAAAUUAUUAAGCUACCUGAAUUAAUCUCUUUUAUUUGGGCCAUUAAUAUCCACUUUUGGGGGGGGGUUUAACCCUUAGAGAAGAGUAAAGAUAAAUAUAGCAACAAAGCUUAAUUUUUUUCCCCUGGAUUCCUAUAGUUAUAUGAUCAUGCACAAUGCCAAAUUUUGCAUGUUUUACCUUGACCAGCAAGAGUAAACCAACCAUCCCUUCAACCUUGCAGUUUUUUGCAAGUGAUCAUGUACUUUAACAUGGCUGUUCAAUGUCACCUCUAAAAGAAGGUGACUGUCAAGGUUAGGGGGCUCUGAGAACUCAAAGAGCUGGGGUUACUAUUCAUACCCAUCAGUCUGUCUCCUACAGGCUUCGACCUUUAACAGGCUGUGAAGGCUUAGUGUGCAGAGCAAAUAACCUGUGCUCCAGAAAUGCAGUGUCUGAGACCCCCGGUCAUACAGAAAAGGUUAGCCUUAGAAAGUGUUGACGGCCAGCUGAUGAAAUUAACAAUGGAAGAACUGUUUAAAAAUGUUUCACAAAUGAUGUAAAAUGUCAUGCUUUUCUCUCACACAAGUUUCUGCACAAUCUAAAACCAGCCAGGUCAUGAACACUUAAACUGUUUCCACAUUACAAAUGUCCCUUAUCACAGCAGGGACCUCUCCAAAUGCAUCACUGUAACAAAUUAACAGCUGCUUUGAGCAUCUCACAGAGGUCAUGUUUAUCCCUCAGCAUAUGAAGACAAGCAUGGGACAAACAAGUUUUUCCCUACACCGAAGGCAGCACGGGGUGAGAAUGAAGAAAAGGCAUCAAUCCCAAAGUUUACGCCAGCAUCACGACUGAUUUCACACAGAGCACCAGAGGGAAAAUCUGUCCUCAGUGUGCUCGUGUGACUCACAACCGAGGCCCCAAGUGCCAAAGGAAGCUCCCACUACACAACAGUUGACUUCUAUAACCUCACUCCUCACAGAAAUGUAUUUAGGAGAAGGUGGCAUGAUUUAAGCACCGAUGCGUAAACCUUAAUUGUGAAAUGCAACAGGGCAAGGCCUGAGGAAAGACGUUGCAGUGAUUAACAUAAGGUCCUCCCCAAUGUCUAACUGUCCACAAGAAAAUCAGUGCAAGGACAGUUAGAAAUCCUACUCCUAACUGUUACUGAAUGUUUUUUUAUAAAUUGGCAAAAAGUAACCUGGUGAAUUGGCAAAAAAUCUAAAUUGUUAGAAAAAAUAGAAAUGUGAGAUAUUAAGUAAAGAUGGAAACGCAAUGAAAAAUAAAGGUUUUUACACAUAUACCCAACAGCCUGCUCUCUUUUGCAGACAGUGUGAAGAUAGAUUGUAUUUUGUAUCUUUAGAUCUAUGUCAUUUGUUAAUAUACAUGCACCUUCCUGCAUUUCAGGCUUGCAACACAUUCCAAAACGUUGGAGUAAUUUAGGUAGUUGAUGGACUAGUUUUUUAAUUUUGUUUUGAGCAAGGAUGCACCCAGCUUUAGUGUUAUAAUGCAGGCAAAAAAUGUCAUCCCACAGACAUUUAAUAUGCGAUUAUAAGCUUUACAGUUUUAUAAAAUGAAAACAAAGCUACAAAUAGUAUAUGACGCAAUGGUAAUGCCAUUAGGAAAAGGUGGGCAGCUGCACUUCCAAUAUCUCAGGUUUCCAUGGCUAAGACAAGUACAAAAUUGCUUUGCUUUAAGUGCAAAGUCACAUCCUACAGACAUGACAAAAAGGCUUGGCUGCAGAACAAUACGGAGUGGUAUUAGUUCGGUAGUCGCUAACCUGUCCCAGACAGGGAAUGUGAUGAGAUUUUAUUGAUAGAAGCAGCAAAGUAAUACCUGAUAUGCUAUUUGUAGGAAUAAGAUGACAAAAUCCUCAUCUGUUGGAAUGUAUUAUAAAGCUUGAAAUGCAGAAUGAAUUUCACUGUAUUAACAAAUAAAGGAAAGCAUACCACCAUACCAUUUUACAUUCCUAACUUUUAACAAAGAGAAAAAUGUGACACAAACAACUCCCAUAAAUAGAAACUAUAUAUUUAUUUAGUUUAAAGAUUUUAACUUGGCUCGAAGUCCGAAAUAAAAUGGACAAAAGUUAAUAUGACUCCAUGCAGUGUUUUGUGGACAUCUUUUGAUUCCAAAAACCAGUAGGGAGAUCUGAUUUUGUAUGACAGAAACUAUGCACACUGGAUAGCAAAAAGCUUAUCAGUCACAAGGUAUGCCCAACUAGUGGGUAUGUGUUUUAUCAUUUAUUUUAGUUUCCACAGAGUUCUGUAAGUUACAAAAUUAUAAAAAUGCUGCGUUAAAGAAAACCGGAAACCCAGAACUGAGACUCUAAAGCCUUAUUACUGAGAAAACCAACGAUUUAAGCGGUAAAAUCCUUUCUUUUAAUUUUUAAUACACUCACUACAGCAAGCCAUUACACGAGGUGCAGGUUUAUUAAAGGUUAAAGGUUGUUUCACUUUGUAAAUCUGCAGGCCACAUUGCUCUUUUUUAGUCUGACAAAUAUUGUUUCGUGUUUUGAUGAUUUCUAUUUGGAAAUUCUAAUACUGACACAUAGCAGUGUUGCAAAAGAAAAGCAAUUUUUUUGCACAUUUUUAAUAAAGUUUCUGAAAAUGUCACUGCUUUUGGACAGCCAGUGACUAUAAUUUUUGUUGUUUGUGAAUUGGACACACUGUAGUAACGCAGUAGUAAUUUGCAGCUUUUAGAGAUGAAGAGCAGUGGCAGUCUUAAAUAUUUUCCAACCAGUAGAUUAAUGUCUUAAUUUAAGAAUCAGAUAGGACUAAAAAGAUGAGAAGCAUGGGGUCGAGGUGCAUCUACAUCUGCUCCACCUAUGUUAUUGGAGCAUGAGGAAGAGGAGGCCACCUUCAGCUCCAGGUCUUGUUAAUCCUGUACAGCCUCUGCAGGGUCAGCGAAUCCAGUUUGAUUGACUGAACAUUUCAUGGAAAUUUCAGUGACGAGUGCAGGGGUGACUUGACAAGCCCCUUUCAAUGUCAGGGCCUGGAAGCUUUACACGUAAACACAGCUGUCCCAAAAUCUAAAAUAGCUUAUAUGCAGAAAAAAAAAAAGUUGGUGGAAGUUGCACUCCACUUUGUUCCGGAGAAUAGUCCCACCACCCAUCUGAAACUCUUCAUAGGAAACAAUUCUAUCUGAUGGUGUUUAAUGUGGUCAAAGUGAUAAGAAACAUGCAUCGGAAAGUCUUGGGGACAUGUUAAUUAUUGAGUCCGCUGUGAUGUGCAAUACUGACUUUUUUGACUUGGAUAUAAGGGGGUCAAUUUUUGUAUUUUGUGAAAGAUCUAAUAAAAGGCCAGGAUUGUUUUAUUAGGCUGUUUGGCUAAUAUUGUGCAAAAUAAUAAUUAUUAUUUUGUUUCAUCAUUGCAGCCAAUUUGUAUUAAAUUUAAAUACAAAAAUAUGAAAUUUCCCAUCCCUUUUGGAACUUUAAGUUUAGAAGUGUUCCCUAAAGUUAGAUUCAAGCAUACAGGAACAGCAGUGGGGUCAGAUGACUCUACUUAGAAUAUUUUGAUGGCUUGUCAAAUCAAACAAACAUUGAUCUGUUUAAUUUACAAGGUAAUAUAAUCUAUCUGAAAAACAAACUUAGUUUUAGGGUAUUAAAAACAGCUGAGGCAAGUAUCUCUGAGUCGGGCCCCUGAAGUGACAAAGGACAAUCACUGAAGUCUUGAUAAUGAGGCAGAAAGGCAGCAGAUUGGCAUCAGAUACUAGCAUUGUUUUAGCCUCAUUGGUGAGCCUUAACAAGCAUGCUUUCUCUCAGCGCAGAAACACUGUAAGCAUCUGCAGCAAAGGUUAAAAGCACUUAAGAGAGUCUCUGCUAGAGCUGUGAUUGCAUCAGAGCUGUGGAUGAGUGAGAAUAAUGCAGGGGCUUCACUCUUGUUGCUGAAAACACAGCUGUGAAUGUGAAAUGAGAUAAGAAUUUCUCAAGAGUCUGGUCCUUGUAUCUGAGAAAACUGGUCUUUUCCCACAAUUAUAAAAUAAAUGGUUGCUAUUACCUUGCUAUUACCUUGUUUAUUUCUAUCAUUCCUGGCAAGCCAUAAGGCUAUUCUAGUCAGAAAUAAAAAGUUUGAGGUGUUGCAGUGAUGAACUUAAUUUACCCAUGAGCCAUAAAUAAAUCAUUAUUAUUCUUCUGAGUUAGUUGAACAUUUGAAGAAAAAAAAACUAAAACAAAACGAAAACUGUGAUUGACAGUUUCUCAUUUAUUUUUUACUAAAUGUUUAGGACACCAUUUGUUAUGCAAGGUCUUUUCAUUUUGGCGUGAAUCAUUUGCUACACUUUUGCUAAAUAUAUGCUGUGAGUGUGGUAUUGUUGUGACUUGCAAAAUUUAAUGACUAAGGAGCACAUUACAAUUUGUUGGAGCUGUUUGGUGCACGCUGUUUAAAGUGUUUUGGGGGAACUGAAGUCGAUGGUUAUACAAGCAGACAUGCCUUACCAUUUUUUAAAAUACUAAAAUGGAUUGCUUAUUUGGCUUUUGUUACACAUUCUUGUAUACAGAAAAUAUUACUAUCGUAAUAAUAAACAUUUUAUUAAAAAAAAA